GUGGCAAUCACGCGCUGAUUCUUCUCUACUAACCACAAAGACAUUGGUACCCUUUAUCUCGUAUUUGGUGCCUGAGCCGGAAUAGCAGGAACCGCCUUAAGCCUUCUUAUCCGGGCUGAACUAAGCCAACCCGGAUCGCUUCUAGGUGAUGACCAAAUUUAUAAUGUUAUUGUAACUGCCCACGCCUUCGUAAUAAUUUUCUUUAUAGUAAUGCCCAUCCUCAUUGGAGGAUUUGGGAACUGACUCGUGCCACUAAUGAUUGGAGCCCCAGACAUGGCAUUCCCCCGUAUAAACAACAUAAGCUUCUGACUCCUACCCCCAUCAUUCCUAUUACUAUUAGCCUCUUCCGGUGUAGAAGCUGGAGCUGGGACAGGAUGGACAGUAUACCCACCUCUUGCAGGCAACUUAGCCCACGCAGGAGCAUCAGUAGACCUAACAAUUUUCUCACUUCACUUAGCAGGAGUUUCAUCAAUUCUAGGGGCUAUUAAUUUUAUUGCUACAACUAUUAAUAUGAAACCUCCAGCCAUCUCACAAUAUCAAACACCCUUAUUCGUCUGAUCUGUCCUAGUAACCGCCGUACUACUUCUCCUCUCACUACCAGUACUGGCCGCUGGAAUCACAAUGCUUUUAACAGAUCGAAAUCUGAAUACUACAUUCUUCGACCCGGCAGGAGGAGGGGACCCAAUCCUUUAUCAACACCUAUUCUGAUUCUUCGGCCACCCAGAGGUCUACAUUCUUAUCCUUCCAGGAUUUGGCAUUAUUUCCCACGUCGUAGCCUACUAUUCAGGAAAAAAAGAACCAUUCGGCUACAUAGGAAUAGUCUGAGCAAUAAUGGCUAUUGGCCUAUUAGGAUUUAUUGUAUGAGCCCAUCACAUGUUUACUGUCGGAAUAGACGUAGACACUCGUGCAUACUUUACAUCUGCAACAAUAAUUAUCGCCAUCCCAACUGGUGUAAAAGUAUUUAGCUGAUUAGCCACACUUCACGGAGGAUCAAUCAAAUGAGAAACUCCUAUGCUCUGAGCUCUUGGGUUCAUCUUCCUAUUCACAGUAGGUGGACUCACAGGAAUUGUUCUAUCUAAUUCAUCACUAGACAUUGUCCUCCAUGACACAUACUAUGUAGUUGCACACUUCCAUUACGUAUUAUCAAUAGGGGCCGUAUUCGCCAUUAUAGCAGCCUUCGUGCACUGAUUCCCUUUACUAACCGGAUAUACUCUACAUAGCGCCUGAACAAAAAUCCACUUUGGAGUAAUGUUCAUUGGAGUUAACCUCACAUUCUUCCCACAACAUUUCCUAGGUCUAGCAGGCAUGCCACGACGAUAUUCUGACUACCCAGAUGCCUAUGCUCUAUGAAACACAGUAUCAUCUAUUGGUUCACUAAUCUCUCUAAUUGCAGUAAUCAUAUUCCUAUUUAUUCUAUGAGAAGCCUUUGCCGCUAAACGAGAAGUAUUGUCUGUAGAACUAACUAUAACAAACGUAGAAUGACUCCACGGCUGCCCUCCUCCUUACCACACAUAUGAAGAGCCAGCAUUCGUCCAAAUUCAAUCAAACUAA